AGCUGCUGCGCGAUCGCAUAACAAUAUCUCUAUAAUCGUUAUUAUUAUUAUUAUUAUUACUAUUAUUACUAUUAUUAAUUACAUAAUAAAUGUCAAGAACGUCGUCCGCCGACGUUAAUCCGCGUUGCUAGGUAUAGUCCGUCAUCUGUCGGGAAAACCGCCGCAACCGACCAAGGAAAAAUACCUCUGACUAAUCGCAUAUCGGCUAUCGGCAGUUGCCCGCGUGCACCACGACGAUGUUCGGUGGUGCGGAUAGACGGCGACGGCGACGACGACGACAUGUAUUCGAUUGCGAUAACAAAUAACGAUUAACGACGCUUUUAAGCGAGUGCCUUUGAAUCUAUGAGGGGUACAGUUCGUAUCCGGCGGUCGUAAUUACGACGCUUGUUAUCGAUUUUCGGCCAGUCGCUCGUGAUCUUGCACGAUCAUCGUCGAUAUUUAUCGCGUUCAGGAUGAUCGAAUUCGGCGGUGUACAGUUUCUUCUAGGGUCCCAACGUCGGAGAUAAAAACAAUAAUUACGACGACGAUACCUACUCUUACGUUCAACAGUAGCGAAAAAAAAACAACGACAAUGGAUUUGAACGAAGUCAACGUGACUGCUCAAACGAAAGGUAACUACAGUUGUUACGACGGCGGAGGCUGUGCAAACGACACAGCCAUGGCGCCGUACAGCGCCGUGCUGGACUCCAUCACCGUGGCCAUGCUCAGCCAAUUGUGUUUACCCACGGUGUUCAAUCAUCCUUAUUUUCAUUUUUCACAUGCCAUCAUGUUUAUUUGCUACAUGCUACCAUUUGGAUCUCCUUGUCAGUUGAUUCUCCUCAUACGCAUUGGUUUGGCCGGUGCCACUACCAUUAUGGCGCUGUGGGCUAGGAACGUCCAGUGUUGGGUUGACAGUCUUUUGUGGAAUGCAGCUUCAGCUGUUGUCAAUGUUGUACACAUUUUAGUGUUAUUCUAUCAACUCAGGCCGAUAAAAUUCAAUGAUGAAUUAGAACUAGUGUACGAAACGCUUUUCUACCCUUUAAAAGUUAGCCGUAAACAAUUUAGGAAAAUUAUUUCCUGUAUGAAAAUGAUUCGACCCCUAAAAACUCUUGAAAUAUUUGCUGAAGAAAAAGUAACGAGAGUUGACAGCUUAUCAUUGGUACUUUCAGGAAAAUUAGUAAUAUCACAGAAUGGUAAUGCUCUGCAUAUUGUCUUCCCAUAUCAGUUUCUAGAUUCUCCAGAGUGGUUUGGUGUAUCUACUGAUGAAUUCUUUCAAGUAUCAGUUACAGCUGUAGAAGAUUCCAGGGUAUUAUUAUGGCAUAGAGACAAAUUAAGAUUGUCAAUAAUUACUGAUAAAUUUUUGUACACUAUUUUUGAUCACAUUCUUGGUCGAGAUGUUGUAAAAAAACUUAUGCAGGUAAGUGAAACUAUGUCUAAUGGCCAUUUACCAAAUCAGUGGUAUGACGGAGAAGAAACUGAAAUGGCAAAUAAUGUAAAUGAUGAGAAACAAACAGUUCUUUAUUUAAAGCGUAAUGGUGAUGGACAAGCAGGCAUUGAAACUAUAUUGAAACGAGAGUUACAAGAGAAUGAAAACGCAUGCCUGGAACACUGUCCAUUGAUUAAUGACCAGUCUUCGUGGUACUCACAACAGACUCUACGUAACGUGUUGAGAACUAUGCACAGAUAACAACAUUUAAGUGACCCAAAUGGCUGGAAAUUGAGUAGGAUUGAAGAAGUCGAUCACGAGACUCCCGUGUAAAAUAAAAUACAAAAUAUAUUUCCUUAAACAAUUAAUAAUCUUGUGAUCUUAGAAUAAGUUUAUAUCUGUUUUCUUUUUUUAACUCUGACAUUUUGGUGUCGUUUUUUUUAAUUUACCUCUGUCAGAUUUGAUUUUUGGCACCUAUCGAAUUUAACAAUCACUGUAGUAAUAUCAAUUUAUUUUAUUAACUUUUCUUAAUUUUAAGAUUUUUAACAAAACAAAAUUUAUUGAAAAUGUUUGAUGAACUAAACAAAUAUUACUUGUAAGCUAGCUCCUUGUUUCUUUAAGUAAUAACAUACAUUUUGUUUUAUUUCAAAAGUACUGAUAUUCAAAUGUUUUAAUUAAUAAAUAUAUUACAUGUUGUUUAUUGUUGUUCGAAUACUAUAAUGUAUUAAUUAUUAAUAUGAUAAUGUAUUACUAAAGUGAUAUUUAUAAAAUUAACUAGUCCAUUAUUAAUUAUUAUAAAAUUUGUAUGUAAUUGUGUAUAAUAUAUAAUAUAAAAAUUUGUAUAGUGUCCUUUGGUCUUGGGAUUGUUUUAUACAAUGUCAACUUAUGAAAAUCUAAUUAAAACUUCUAAGUGAUAGUGUUUAUAUACUCCUGCUACUAAAAAAUAACUUGAGGUGUCAAGACCUGGGACACUCUAUGUUGUGUAAUUUGUAAAUAGGAUAAUCCAGUUAACAUGAUUUUGUGUUAAAUGGAUCAUCUGGUAUUACAUAUUUGAUUGUAUGAAUAUUGUUAUAAUUUAUACUAAUAAAAAUCAUAUUGUAAUUGUACAAAAUCUUGAUUUAAAAAAAAAGUGUGAUGAAUGAAAUAAAAAUAUUUAUUCAAAUA